CCCGAGAGCGUCCUACACGAGAAGCGAAUAGAUAUUGACCUCCUUCAAUCGGCGGAAUAUGACUUUACAGAGGCGAGGCUCAGGCCAUCGGACGCGCAAUUUCGGUGGAUCCACAUACCCGUGAAUGAUACUAGGAUCGUUGAGUCUCUCCCAAAUACGUGGCUCCAUAAGCUUCGACCCACAUCAUCUAUUCCGAAAGAUAUCGUACCGGAUCAUGCUCACUUCAUGGAGCCAUCAUUCCAGAUACACACCGCCGAGGAAGAAAAUAAAGGAGGUAAUUCCACUAUACAACCGUCCUUCACACUCUACCUUCCGUACUUAAAUUGGGAAGUGUUCCGAAAUAUUCAAGGUCGUAAAUCAGACACGACAAACAAAAAAAACACUUCACACCAUCCGAGGAGGACUUUGGAUCAAUUUUUCUACUCUGGGCUACGAAAUACGACAUACCGGGACGCUGGACAAACUGUGUCAAAAUGGACGGGCGCAAGCCCGGGUGUCAAUGGAAGAACAAAGGCAGUGGAGGACAGCUACGUCGUAAUGGUGGAUCAGCUCUGGAUCUGGGCUUUAGAAGACGGUGAGUUGACAGCGACCCUAGUCUCAUGCUUCCCAUCUCAUGGUUUCCAGUUCUUGGGAAACUCCAGUGGAACAAAAUAUAUUGAUGUCAUGACAUCGGUAAUGUCGGACUCCAGGAAGUGCCAGGACUUGUUCGACCUGACUGCUUUGCUGGUCAUGCAUUCCGUGACUAAUGUUUUUGCGGAAGAAAAUGGCAAGUUUGCUGACAUAUUAGCUAUAUAUAGAUGGGCAAUUUCGAUCAAGACAGCCCGCCACACCGAGAAACUCGAGGCUUUUAGCAGAAACCAGUCCUCUCAUAAUGCAGAAGAGAUUGGAGUUGAAGGGAUUGAUGAGCUGAAUCUGACACUCGAAGUGGCAGAUAUCCUUGACGAGCUAAAUAUGCUGCUACUUCUGAUGGAGAACCAAGCUGAUGUAUUAGCUUCGCUCCAGAGGAAGCUAUACCACUUCAAACCCAUGGCGCUUCACACAGCAGGAAGAGGGGAACAUGCUAUCAUGAUAAAGGACAGCAACCUGGGCAGUGUCCACGUAUCAAACUCUGGAAAUAUAGAAGGCCGUCUAUUGUUAGAGGAUUCGAAAGUGGGAUCUCUCCAUAUUGCCAAUACAGAAGGAACUCUUCCAGGUGUCCGGGCGAUUGAUGGGAAUGCUGGCAUUCUAGUGCAAGAAGCUGAGCAGAGGCUGAAUGUCGAGAAAGCUAAUCUCGAGAGACUCCGAACGCAUGCAGCGCGGACACAUGAGAUGGAGUUUCAACAGCUUAUCGAGUUGCUUGAUUUAGAGCAAAAAGCCGCCAGUCUGGCGGAAGCCCGUGCGACUACCAAGCAAGGAAAGGCUAUCAUGCUGUUUACCAUAGUUACGAUCAUAUUUCUCCCCCUCUCAUUCUUCACUUCGUACUUCGGCCAGAACGUGUCCGAAAUAACCGGAGAUAAUAAGAACCCAAAAUCGAGUGAGCUUUGGAGAAUAGCUGGCCCGAUAUCGGUGGUUGUGAUCCUCUUCGCUCUUGUAGUAGUGUACUUCAUCAUGUAUCCCCGCAAGAAAACACGGGAGGAAUGGAUUGAGAUGUGA